CGUACCGACCGCUUCGGUUUCCCUGCGACGAUCCUUUCCAUCCGUCGACGAUUGGUACCUGUCAGUGUCUCGUAAUCUGUGACGACCUUAGUUCAACGGACUGAUAACAUUAACAGUCUAUCGUGCGCGGUUAUCUUGUUCCGUAUCAUCGAGGUCGAAUAUUCAGUGAUUUCUAAUCAAAUGGUGCAUGAGUUGACAUCAAACUAUCUAAUAAACGAGCAUUAUUCUGGCUCGAAAAAGACCGGAAGAAGAAUUAAAAAACUAACUAGAUCUGCACUUGGAAUUAUUAGUAGGAAAGAUCGUUCGAUUGAGAAACAGUGGAAUUUGACAACUACUAGCCGCUGCAUUUUAUUAAAAUAAAUUGCAAGCAAAACUACAAUUGGUUCCUAACAAUAAUCACACGUCGAUACAAUCUUAAACAGAACUUUGAGGACAGUAGUUUAAAAUUACAGUGUGGUAUUUUAGCUGUUCUUAAAAUACGAAAUUAACAAGUUCCUUGACGUUUAUAAAUACAAAUGUAUAAAGUGAUUAAUCAGUGAAACGUGUUAGAUUUGAAACGCGUGAAUAUGACUAUGAUAAGCUUGGAGAUGUUGGGCCGGGAGGCACUGCCUCUGGAAGGGAUGUAUCGGCGCGCUCGUCAGGACGUCUUGACGCCGCCACAUGACAGCCCGGAGUCCCGUAACGUCCGACGGAACGUCAGUAACGUCGGGAACGCUGCCGACGUCGCCAACUUUGACGACUCUCGUCGCCACGAGAUGCACCCGCUCGAUCAACCGGCCGUGGACCUUGGUUUGCCGGUUACUCUUCCUGAAAUUCUCUACUCUUCGAUACCAAAGUGCGGAGGCUGCCAGGAAGCGAUUUUGGACAAAUACGUUCUGAGGGUACUCGAAAGGUGUUGGCACGCGAGGUGUCUCACGUGCCGGGACUGCGGUGCACGAUUGACUGACAAAUGUUUCGCGAGGAACGGCCACGUCUUCUGCAAGGACGACUUCUUCAAGCGGUUCGGGACAAAAUGCGCGGGCUGCGGCCAAGGAUUGGCGCCGUCGCAGGUCGUGCGCAGGGCGCAAGAAUUGGUCUACCAUUUAACUUGUUUCUCGUGCGCCCUUUGUUCCCGGCAGCUGGACACCGGCGACGAGUUCUACCUCAUGGAGGACAGGAAGCUCGUUUGCAAACCUGACUAUGAGCAGGCGAAAGCGAAAGAAUUAGCGGACGGUGGGAGCAUAGAUGGUGACCAACCGAACAAAAGGCCAAGGACAACAAUCACGGCGAAGCAACUAGAAACAUUGAAAUUAGCGUACAAUACCAGCCCAAAGCCAGCGAGACACGUGCGAGAGCAACUAUCUCAGGAUACAGGGCUCGACAUGCGUGUCGUUCAAGUCUGGUUCCAAAAUAGGAGAGCAAAAGAGAAGAGACUGAAAAAAGAUGCGGGUAGAACUAGAUGGUCCCAAUAUUUUCGAAGUAUGAAGGGGACUGGGGCUGGUGGACAUUCACCAAGGCAUGAUAAACUCCUUGACAAAGACGAACUUAAAGUCGACUUAGACUCCACCUUCAGUCAUCAUGAUUUGAGUAACGACAGUUACGGCACGGUGGUGAACAUGGGAUUAGAGGGUGAAGGUGCGAGUCCAGGUGGGGGUGGAAAUGGGACAGGCGGAGGCCCUCCACGUGGUUAUUUGGGUGCAACGACUCCCCCUUAUCUUUCAACGUCCAGAUCGCCGUCCUUACCACCUCAAUUCCCGUAUCCACCGGAUACUGGCCUUUCCGUUUACACCACCCUCGGAGGCGGAAGCGGCAUGGUACCAGGACCAGCGUCAGAUUUGAGCAACGAAUCGAGCGGCGGCGGUGGAGGCGGCGGAGGCGGCGGCGGAGGUGGUUACCCGGACUUUCCGCCCUCGCCCGAUUCAUGGCUCGGUGAACCACCACCUCCGCACGCUCACCACCAUUCCCACUACGCCACAUAACCCGGCAAAUUGACGCGUUGCCAAGCACCGUUCGUAAGAACGGAUCGGCGCAAGGCGUUCACCUGACGUCCCCAUCCCGAUGAGACCGGGACUCGGUUGUAAGCUUAAGCUCUUCGUCGGACCAGACUGUCCUACUUCGUCGAUCGUCGUCGAACUGGAGAGGAUCAUUUUGUGUAUGUGUUUACGUGUACAUCGCCAACGGAUCCAUCCGCGAACGGAACUCGAUCGAACACUGACGAUCGAGCACCGUCUCGAACCAGAAAGAAAAGAUAGAGCGAAAGAGAGAAAGAGAGAGAGAGAGAGAGAGAGUCAUUCCACACUGUACUCUGCACCGUCCCAGCGGGUUUCCCAUCAUCGGAAUGAUGCCAUACGGCGCUGUCGUAUAAACGUUACAUUUAUAGCGCACGUACGAUAACGCAUUCGAUAGGUAUGAUUAAUCUAAAUAUAUUUAUGUACAAGUUCCUCAUUUUUCCCGAUACUAUGGAGUUUUAUUGUCGAGUAAAGAAACAAAAAUCUAGAGGGUAGUUCGUAGGCGUGUCGCGAGACUGUCGGUGUUCACUCGGCCCGGCGUGAUCCCGGAAGGACGAUCGUUCUCGUAAACAGAUUCGCCUUCGAAUUCUAAUUACAAAUCGUUAUCAUGGUAGGUACUGGUUAAGAUCGAAGAACGAAAUUGCGGUCGUCCUUCGUGGAAUGUAUCGUCUCGCUCGUGAGCAUCGCAGGACACGUUUCUGUGGUACUCCGCGCUUAUGUGACCCUAGAACUUUCAGGUGUCACUCAUUGUAAAUAGUUCAGAUUAGAUUUUAUCGUAACUGCAGUAAGGAAGGGUAAAAGAGUGAUAGGGAACUAAGAAAUGGCGAGAGGAUUGGCGUACAGCGAUCUCUACAGGAGCGACGCCGUCCGCGAAAAUGAAAUUCGAAAACAGGAUCGAACUCUGAAGCACCGAUUAAAUUCUUCCGAAAUCAAUACUUGAUAGAUUGACAUUCUUCCUGAACGCGGUUUUACUGACUUUGAUUUGAUUAUUUUUUAUUCGAGACGUAACAUCGAAUUGUACAAGACCGGUUGAUUAAGCACUGUAAACAUUCUUUUUACGCACUCCACUUUCCCCCGUUAAUGAAUAUUGAAUACGCCGCGCGUAUUUUCGAAACGUUUUACAUAAAGUCGAGUCAGUGUGAUUUGUCGAUAUGCAGCGGUGAAUCAUUCGAUUUUCGAGACAAAUUUCUGUGUGACCAGAAUAUGCAACUUCAACUGUACACGUAUUUAAAUUUGUUCCGCGAGUAAGGAGGAAUAUUCACGAAGUGGCUCGAGGAUAUUUUGUUUCAACGAUGAUGCCAUUGUCGCACGAAAGUAAGUCCUUUUUCCCCAUUGUUACCAUUGUAACCUCUAAAUUGUUAUUAAAUGAUCGCGACUCGGUUCCGCCGGCUUGCGCGAGAUCGAACAAACAUGGCCUCGUUGAAUCGAACGCCGGGUCGAUGAUUUACCUUGUGCAUGUUUGUUCAUCGUUGGUGAAACCGAGCAUCAGUGGAUUAUACCUUUGACGUGGUCCGCGGCACGUUUUGUCGAUUCGCAACAUCGGAAAGUGAGUAUUUUGAUCAAUCGAUCCGAUUUGAACGAACGUUUAUCCGCACUAUUAACGCUUUACGGACGGGGCUGUAAAUUUACUUACUGUUAGGUGAAACUUUUCUAAACGCGAAAGGUAACCAUCGUUGUUUCUUUCGUACGUCGCACUAUCGUGUAUUUAAAUGCACAAUUUGAUGAGCGACCACAUCGAUUGCUGCUCCUUUUUUAAACGCAACGACGUUCGUCGCUGUCUCUCUGUCCGUAAGGUGUUAACCUGAUCUUUAAAUAAUCAAAGUCAUUACGAUGUCAAUUGUACCCUCGUCUCAACACAUAGGUAGUGUGCGCGGUUAUGUAUAAAUUGUAUAUGUCCACACGAGAUACAUAUUCGCGAAAGCAUGCCUAGAUUUAUAGAUAACCGAUAAUCAAAAACGACGGAUUCAAUUGAUCGGCGGUAGCCUCAUAACUUCGUUCGCGUGCGAAAUAAUACGAGGCAUACACGUUUACGUUUAAGUAUCAUGUAUGAGCAGCAAGGAAACAUGACUCGCUGAAGAAGCUUCCAUUCGUUUUCCGAUUACCCUGUGUCUGCCUUGUAUUAUUCGAGGGGCAUAGUAAUUUGAGACACGUGUAGCGCGUAUCACGCGACAAGGAUCGAGACAGAAGGAAAAUUAUAUCACUGUAGAAUUGUAUAUACGUCAUCUCCGAUCGUUUUACCCGCGAGAAUUCCAUGAAACGAAGUAAAAAAAAAAGGGAGAGAAGGGAACAGAAAGAAGUUAUGAUAAGUUCUCGUCGGAUAUGAGAAUUGAACGUUGUACAGUUACGAAGGUCGAACACAUGCUCCUGGUCGACUUCCGUAAAAAAAGGAAACAGGGCGAAGGAAAGAUUCGCGUAACUAGCCCAGUUCAUAACUUCAUCGACACGAGUUACUACGGAUCUUUAUAUUAUUAUCUAGUCAUCGAGUGAUAAUAAAAAUUCUAUCGUAAUCUAUA